AUGCUUGCUCAAAGAAAAAUCGAAGAAUUUGGAAGUCCAAAUUACUGGAACAAUUUUUUCGCUAAACGCAGUGCUCCUUUCGAAUGGUAUGGUGAUUUCGCCACACUUGUUGAAAUCCUCGCUCAAAACAUUAAAAAGUCCGACUCUGUGUUAGAGGUCGGAUGUGGUAACUCUGUCCUCUCUGCCGAUAUAUAUGACAAAGUCGGCUGCGCCACAUAUCUUGGUAUAGAUAACAGCCAAAAAGCUAUUGAACAAUCCCAAAAACUUGUCACCUCUUCUCGGCCUGGCCUGAGGUUUGAAUUGGUGGAUGUUUUCAACCUCAACUCCGAAUUGGAUCGGCUCGAGCUUACCACUAGGAGUUUCAACUGUGUCGUCGAUAAAGGCACAUUUGACGCCGUUGACAACGGACAAGCGAAUUUUAACUUCAACCUCUACUUUGAUGAAAUCGCUUCUGCUCUCUCCCUCUUCGGUCGGUACAUUUUAAUCACUCUGGCUCAAGACCAUAUCGUGAAACAUAUUGCCGACUACUUUCUAGAUAAAGGCAGUCAGUGGAUUGUGAGUUGCUAUCAAAUGACCAAUCCUGAACAGCGGGUCGCUGAUUCUGUUUCCCUUCCGCUAUUCACCUUUGUCAUGACGAAAAUGAAGCCCGCUCCUGUUCUACCGCAACUUCGAGUGAAAGCUUUCAGUGACGAUCAGCCUUGCCGUCCGAUUCAGGAAGAUGUGAAACGGCGCCUUGCAGAUUGGAUCAAAUAUCUUCAAACUUCAUGCAUACUGAGCCAAAGCCAGAUUAAGUCGAAAGGCGGCCGGGAAUUUGAGAUCGUCCACGCCAAAAGUGGACUUCCUAUGUUUGCGUGCAGACUGGUGGUUACGGACAAGGCGGGAGACUCCACAUCUGGUGCGAACCACCACCCUAAGGCUGUGUUUCUGGUACCCCAGGCAGAUGCAGAGGAUUACGCCCCAGCCGAAGCGGCGCAACGACUGCUGGAGAGCAUGGGUUGCCUCACUUGUGCCCUUCUGGCCUUCCCUCAUCCUACCCUCCGCUUCGCCUCCCUUGAAGUGGCCAAAUCCUCCCUCUCUGAUGGCCUCGUUGCUUCGCCUCUCGCCACUACUGUUCGUAACCUGCCCAUCUACAGCACUACGGAUGGUUAUUCCAAGAUGCACGUUAUGAAGGAGCUCAAUCCCUACGCGGUAAUCACAGAGGCUGCCAAAAAGCGGAGACCACAGAACCGCCUCUUGGUGCAAUGCCUUGAUGCUGACAUCUAUCGUUUCAUCAGUGACGAGGUCUUCUCAGAGCCAUCAUCUAUUCUUUUACUUGUCUGGAUCAGCGUCACUCGUCGAUUGGCUGAUAGUCUGGGCCAGGGUGACGCCAAACAUGUCUAUUAUGGGGUACCGCCUUGCUUCCACAAAGCUAUUAUGGAGUCCCUACACGUAAAUAUUCAGGCAGAUGACCUGAAAGCCUUCAUUCAGGAGCUCUAUUGCGAUGUUCACCAUCAAGUUGACUCGGUUGAAGGGUGUGCGUUCAUGUGCUACGAUCCACUUGAUGACUCAUCGGAAGAACGCCUGUUAGAAUUUUUUCAAGUGGCUGAAAAAUCCCUCACUCCCCAAGGCAUAUGCUGCAUUCUUUCCCGAUCAACUGCCAUCAACAACACACCGUCUCUUGAUCGUGUAAGCCAAAUAGAGCAGGUCUGUGGGCCUUCACUCCAGGUGCUUCUCAAGCAAGACUGUGGUGCCGCUAGCAUUUAUGUGAUUUAUAAAAAGAAGCAUAAAGUUUCGAAAUCGAAAUUCGCGGCUCGACUUCGUCACAUUGCUGUGGACGCUUCAACAAUGGGAAGUGCCAUAUCUCUCAUUAUUAAUUCACAAAGUGUCAGCGAUGAUGUGAUCAAAAGAACAAAUGCGUGUUUUACUGAUUUGAAGAAAAUAUUGGAGACAAUAAAACUUGCACUGGAUUGGUUGAAGUAUCCAAUAUUGUGUUCACAAAUAAUGCAUAAGCCUUUUCGUUCGGUGCAUCCGCUUAGUCUUCUGCGGUUUACCGUCUUUGUGUUCUAUUGUUUUGUUUCAGAGGGUCGGCAGACAGUAGAAUCAUUGCUUUCACAAGGCACAAUUUCCCUAGCAAAUGGGAAGUUAAAACAGGCUCUCGACCUUUAUUCGGAGGCUGUGGAGGCUGACCCACAUAAUUAUAUGGCUCAUUAUAGAAGAGCGACCGCCUAUAUUGCCAUGGGAAAGCUGAGAUCUGCUUUGCCCGAUAUCGACAAAACGGUCUCACUUAAUCCCGGCUACGUUCUGGCUUACAAACAGAGAGCAAAAAUCAACCUUAAACUCGGUAAUCUGAAAGAUGCUCGGACGGACUUAUUAAUACUGAAAUCCACCGAUGAAGAUACACAAAAGCUUCUGAACGAUAUUAGUGAUAUGGAGGCGAAUAUAGAGCAUGCGAAGUCCUUGUAUUCAAUGGGACGCCACUCCGAGGCACUCCCUUUAUUGAACUACGUAAUGAAUACCAUCACAUCCAAUAGUGAGCUUCAUGAGAUGCGCGCUUUGUGUAAUAUCAAAACUGGUGAUCACAUCAAGGGCAUUGAGGAACUUCGUGAGAGCGUUCACAUGGUUAGUGAUAAUCGCGAGGGAAUGCUUCGAGUGUCUGUACUCAUGUACGACGCCGGUCUUGCGGCUAGAUCUCUUGAGGAGAUCCGCAACUGCCUUCGACUUGACCCCGAUGACAAGGGUUGUCGUGCUCACUAUGCAAAAGUUAGAGUGUUGGCAAAGGCUAUUGAAGAUGCGCAAAACAACGCUGAAUCGGAAAAGUGGAAUAAGUGUCUGCCACGAGCUCGACGCAUUUUGGAACUUGAAGGUGGCAAUCCGGAGUACGUGCUGCAAGGCAAAGUACUUGUUUGUCGCUGUGGUGCAAGGGCUGAUCCAGAAAAUUCAUUGGAAGCCUGUGACUACGUUAUCUCUCGGAUGUCAAAAUCCGUCGAUCCACACUUGGAUAAAGCUGAAGCCUAUAUCAAUCUCAACAAGUACGAUGAAGCGGAAGCGGAGUAUAAAGAAGUUUUGAAACUGGAGCAGGACAACCAACAAGCUUUGAAGGGUCUGAAAAACGCGAAAAAUCUCAGAUCUUCGGGCAAUAGGCGAGACUACUACAAGAUUUUAGGUGUAAAGCGGACGGCCAGUGACAAGGAGAUAAGUCAGGCGUAUCGAGAACUUGCCGGCAAAAACCAUCCAGAUCGGUUCCCCGACGAGGAGCAGAAAAAGGCUGCUGAGAAACGCUUCCUUGAUAUCAACGACGCUCGUGAAGUUUUACUGGAUAAGAAAAUGCGGGCCCAAUUCGAUAGUGGCAUCGAUCCCAAAGACCCCGAGGCCCAAGCUCGCAGUUCCUUUCAGACUGGGGAGGGCUUUGGCCACGGACACCAAUUUUUCACAAGCUCAGGGCCUUUUGGAUUUAACUUCCACAAUUUUGAUCCCUUCGGUGCCGGUGAAAACUGCGAGCGGACACCUUUCAAUGCUGCAUUUCGCUACAAAUAG